AGUAAUUUGGUAAGUUUUGCAUUUCAUUUUGAAGUGUGGACUAUUAUGCAUAAUUGAGGCGAAGUUUCUGCGGCGUCUGGGACCCUUGUAUCUUCAAAGAUGGAGGGGGCUACGAAGAACGUGUUGCUUUCGUCGAAUGGGGAUGAGAUCUCCAAGAAUCUGGCUAUUCAUCUUGCCAAAAGGGGUUGCAGAUUAGUUUUGGUGGGAAAUGAAACUGUUCUUCGGAGUAUGCGUGAGGGGAUUGUGGAAUCGUUGAAGGGUGCCCUGCCAAUUGGGGUUGUUGGAUUGGAUAUGGAAGGAGAGAGAGAGGCGGCUUUUGAUGAGGCUGUGAGCGGCGCUUGUAGUGUUUUGGGAACUUUGGAUGCUUUUGUUCAUGCUUAUUCUUAUGAAGGUCCCAUACAAGAGGUUCUGCAACUAUCUGAAGAGGAAUUCAAAAAGAUUGUUAAGAUAAAUAUGAUGGCUUCAUGGUUUCUGAUGAAGGCGGUUUGUCGAAGAAUGCGCGACCAGAAAUCGGGAGGUUCGAUAGUUUUUUUAUCCUCCUUAAUCGGUUCCGAGAGAGGACUGUAUCCAGGAGCAGCUGCAUUUGGAUCAUGCUCAGCAGGAUUACAGCAGUUAGCUCGAACUGCAGCUUUGGACGUUGGAAAGUAUAAGAUCAGGGUGAAUGCCAUCUCCCGUGGAUUGCACCUAGAUGAUGGAUACCCUAUAUCAGUGGGGACGGAGAGAGCAAAGAAGCUAGUCAAGGAUGCAGCCCCGCUCGAAAGAUGGCUCGAUAUUAAAGACGAUUUAGCUUCAACUGUGAUAUAUCUAAUCAGUGACGGGUCACGGUACAUGACCGGGACAACCAUAUUUGUCGACGGGGCACAGUCUCUAGUGAGGCCACGGAUGCGCUCGUAUAUGUAGUUCUUCGUGCUCGGACAGCCUUAGGAAUAACGUCGCGGUGAGAGGUUCUUGAUUCACUCCGACCGACCGUGAUUGUGGUUUUCUACAAAUGCUCGUGAAUAAAGUUGUUGGAUGUGCAAGAAGAUUCGAGGAUGACAAGAUUUAAACCUCUGAUCUUUUAUUUUACCACGUAUGUUUAAAAUGCACAGAUUUGGAUUUUUAGAAACUAAUGUUUCGAAUAAAACGUUUAAUUUACUUAGAA